AUGGACUGCGAUGUUUGCGGUGAAAAAGAACCGUUACCCCACGCAAGAUUUACACAACGCGCAACUCGCUCGCGAGCACUAUGUAAACAAUGCAAGCGUAGUGCAACUAAUGGAGCAACUGCUAAUUAUGUGAACGCGUUAAGCAAUGUCAGCCAUGAAAUAUAUAACCUAACGCAAUGGGGAGAAAGGUUCUCGAGUGGUAGC